GUACGCGCUAAUGUAGGUAUUAUCUAUCAUAAAUAUGAAUGAACUUCGUCUCAAAUCAGUUUAAAGUGCACAAAAUUCGAAACAAUGGGAAAAAGAGCUGAUCCGGACAAAUUUACCGUUACAAAAGAGGCUUUACUUCCUGGGUUAUUUUUCGCCUUAUUUUUACGAUGGUGUGUUGCGGCGUAUCCUUAUUCGGGGUACAAAAAACCCCCAAUGUAUGGAGAUUACGAGGCCCAAAGGCACUGGCAAGAGAUAACCGUGCAAACGCAGGUAUCACAUUGGUAUCGGAAUACGACUCAAAACGACCUACAGUAUUGGGGCCUGGACUACCCACCCCUGACGGCGUAUCACAGUUUUCUCAUUGGCUUAGUGGCAGACUGGCUCGACCCUGAAUCGGUGCGAUUAUUUGCAUCUCGAGGCUAUGAAAGUGAUCAACACAAAACAUUUAUGAGAUGGACUGUAUUUUUAAGUGACUUGUAUUUUUAUGUUACGGCUGCUUUAUGUAUCUGUAUAGAUGCUGAGCGUAUCAUAGGUAAAUACCAUACAAAUGUAUUCAAACGCACAGACAUAGCAACCACUCUUUUUUUACUAUAUCCCGGCUUAAUACUUAUUGAUCACGGUCAUUUUCAGUAUAAUUGUGUUUCGUUAGGUUUAUUUUUAUGGGCAUCGUUUUUUAUUAUUGCGAUACAGAAUGAUACAUUGGCUACAAUUUGUUUUGUUCUAGCACUUAAUUAUAAACAAAUGGAACUGUAUCAUGCAUUGCCCUUUUUUAUUUAUUUAUUGAGAAAAUGCUUUAUGUGUGUCCCGAACAAAGGGAGAUUUUCUCACAUUAUACAUCGGUUUAAUAAACUUGCUAUUGCUGUAAUAUCUACCUUUAUUAUCAUUUGGUAUCCAUUACUGAAUUCUUGGGAUGACGUAUUUCAAGUAUUACACAGGUUGUUUCCUGUUAAAAGAGGUGUAUUCGAAGACAAAGUCUCGAAUGUAUGGUGCUCAGCUAACGUUUUCAUUAAGUUAAAAUAUGUUUAUAAUAAUGAGGAGAUGAUAAGAAUGUGUUUUUUGUGUACAAUCAUGGCUGCAUUGCCGUCAUGUAUAGAUUUCUUCUUUAGAAUUAAUAGAAAGAAAUUUGUUUUAUGUCUAAUAAAUGUAUCUUUGGCAUUUUUUCUCUUUUCCUAUCAAGUUCACGAGAAGUCAAUUUUGCUUGUGGCUAUUCCAGUAGUUAUGCAUUUGCCUGAGGAUCCAUUUAUGUGCUUUUGGUUCCUACUAGUGUCAACAUUUAGCAUGCUACCAUUGUUACUAAAAGACGGGUUAUUGAUACCUUUUCUAUGUACAAGUUUAAUAUAUUUAAGUUUUUACAGUAUCAUUUUGAAAUUAUCAACUAAAGAUGCUGGUAUUCUGUCAUUUCUCAAUGCCAAUACUGUAUACAAGGCUGCCAACCCGAUGGCUAAUCACAACUCUGUGAUAUUGAAACUUCUUAGCACAAACUUUUUUUUCUCACUUCAAGGGAUGUUUUGGUUGGGCCUUGGAACAUUAUUAGUUGAGCCACCACCCAGAUAUCCAGAUAUAUUCCCAUUAUUAAUAUCUAUGUAUUCAUGUAUACAUUUUAUAUUCUUUUUAGUGUAUUUCACACAUCAGCAAAUAUCUUUGCCAACCUGUUUACCGAUUAAAAUAAAAGUAAAAAAAAAUUAAUUACAUUCACUCUGUUGUAUUAGUA